AUGCCUCCUCGUGGGCAGAGAGCGAAUGCACGAGCGCCUCCACUGACGCAAAACAACAAUGCUCAAAGAAGGACAUUGUGGCCAUAUGUUAGGCUCCUUCUCACGACAUUAGCGACUCUCUCCCUCGCUGCUGUGUCUGCAGAAGUCUCCAAGCUGUCCCUGACCCCUGUUUACGGCUCGAUCCCUCCCAUAGCAAGUCUUGAUUGGCUUCGAGGAGGCCUUGAGCACGAUCAACGCUACAUCGCCAUGAUAAUUUCUGUUUCCCUGGCAAAGAUGUUCUUCAGCAAGCGCACUGUAGGACUCUCGAAACAUUUUGCGAUAUGGGGUUUCUUUGUCCCUUCCAUGCAGUCGGGUCUAUACAGCGUCAGUGGAAGACUCGGCCCAAUUUGGGGUCCUCGCACAACCUAUCUUUUGACCUCUGUCCCUCUCUCCUGCCUUUCUCUCUUGCAUCUCGUGAAUCUGAUUGCAGAAGCAUUCCCUCUUGCGAUUUUCGUCGAAGGAGCAGCAACCCGCAGCCUGAUCGAGUUUUGCAGCAGUGGGCUGGGGACGCUUUUACUGACAGGCACUCUGUACCACUUUUUAGCCCGAAUCAAAACGUAUUUAGAGAACCGGCUCCCGUUGUUUAUGAUGUUGACAUCUGGUACGCAUGCGAUAUUCAGCCGGUUUGGUCUUCAGACUGUAAUGGCCCUCUUGUACACGCAACUCGGCGCAUCACUCGAGCGGUUCAAGCUGGUAUUAACCGCCAUUCUUCCAUUACUUCACCUUGCAUUUGUUUGUCCUCAUCUUCCAUUGCCAUACAACACCGACGUGCUUAACAGUACCCUCCGAGCUGAAGGAUAUUCCCUUGUGGCUCGCCAAGAAUCCUUGACCGGCUACAUCUCGGUAUUGGACAAUAUCAAUGCAGGAUAUCGUGUCAUGCGUUGUGAUCACAGCCUUUUGGGUGGAGAGUAUCUCAACAGGCCUAGGGGCUCAAAAUAUAACGAGCCAGUCUACACAAUAUUCCUCACCUUGGAAGCGGUAAGACUUCUACAAACCAAGUCUUCAGGAAGCCAGCAAGUUGCGACAAGCAAGCAGAGACAUGCACUUGUCAUAGGUGUAGGCAUCGGUACAGCACCAGCUGCACUCAUCGCUCAUGGAGUUCAUACCACGACGGUUGAGAUCGAUCGAGUCGUGCACGACUUUGCUACAAAGUAUUUCGAUCUCCCACGCAACCAUACAUCUGUCAUAGGGGACGCUACCAAGGUUGUUGGUGACAUGCAAAAAGCGAAGGAAAUGAGAAAUACUUACGACUAUAUCAUCCACGACGUCUUUACUGGGGGCGCAGAACCUAUCAAUCUCUUCACCAGGGAAUUUAUUAUGGGCUUGAGUGACUUACUUAGACCAGAUGGGAUCAUUGCUAUAAACUACGCCGGCGACCUCCUCCUCCCCAUCGCCACCUCAGUCGUCCGCACCGUAGAAUCUAUCUUUCCAAAAUGCCGCCUGUAUCGCGAAUCACCACUCCCCAAAGCUCCAGAGGCGAUGGACUACACCAACAUGGUCAUGUUCUGCAGAAAAUCUCCAGAAGCAUUCACAUUCCGAGAUCCUGUCGAAGCGGACUUUCUAGGCAGCCCGGCAAGGCGACAACACCUCAAACCGCAACAUGAGAUACCCGCAAGCUAUUUCAAAGCGGGCAGGCGGCAGAAGGGAGAGAUACUCAGGCGAGGCCAUAUCAGUCGCGAGAUGCAGAAGUCUACUAUGGCUAGUGCUGCUGGACAUUGGUAUCUUAUGAGGACUGUGUUGCCAGAUGUCGUAUGGGAGAAUUGGUAA